GUGAGGGUUUCCCAGUUCAAGCUGCCAUCGCUGCUCUAAGAUGAUCCUGCUGCCUGGUCUGCUUGUUAUUCUCUGGGGAGAAGCGGCUCUGUGUCUGGAGCCGGAUGUAAGCUUCACUUUCAAUAGAGAUAUCCAGCACUACGCCGUGGCCACCAACACGGUUUACGUUGCUACAAAUGAUACACUGUACCAGCUGAGCCACGACCUGACCAUGGUCCAGCGUGUGACCCAGAGAGGAGUUCUGAAGGGCGGGGCCCAGGUGCCGUUUCACCGGGUUUCUGAGGCGGAUUUCUCGGACGCAACUUUGAGCAUCAACGUGUUGCUUCCAUUGGUUGAGGACGAUACUUUGAUCAGCUGCGGGGUGAUCGACAAAGAGUGUGGCCACUGCGAGAUUCUGAAGCUGAUGGACAUCUCCAGCCUCCAGCACAGUGAGAGCAUCCAGGUGGGAUCACUGGAUCACAGCAGCGCGUCCGUCGCAGUCUUGGUGAAGGUGGAGAAGAAUCCAACCAAGACCGACACGUACAUUCUGACCGCGUUAGAGCAAAGUCCGAAGCAGAAGGAGAGGGCCGAAAACUGCUCAACUAACUUAGCCACUGUCCAGCUCCAAAACACAGAGAAGAACCAGGAUGGAGGCAUAUUUUCUCUCAUUGAAAAUCAAGGCACGCCAUCGAUCAAAAGCAUUGACAAAGUGGAGUUUGUGGAGUUUGUGGAUGGAUUUCAGAUCAGUUCCACCAUGUAUCUGCUCUCCAACGUGCGCUCUGCUGAUACAAGCAACAGAAUCCGUCUGAUUUGGCUCGAGGGUAAAGGCAGCAAGACACUGACUCUCAAGUCGCUGCGAGGUGCGACUCUCAGGGUCUCUGAAGCCGGAGGUCACAGACUCGUGGCCUCCUCCGUCAUCCCGGGGGCGCAGCCGGUGCUGUGGAGCGGAGUGUUCAGUGCGGACGUGGGACGGACCAACACCGAGCUGCUUGUGUUUGACAUCAGCCCGGAUUUCACCGGAAAAGCGAAUACAGAUCCAGACUUCUACAGCGGCAGCAGAGAGUCCAGUGCCCCCGAGCCGAAGACACUGAGGCCGAAAGCCGUGCUCUUCAGGCACAGCAACAUGACCUCUGUGCUGGCAGUGAGGCACAAUACCUGGGUGGUUUUCUUCAUCGGGACUGGAGAUGGGCAGCUCAUUAAGCUUGCUGUGGAUAAGGACUAUCACACCUCCUGUCCCACGGUGCUCUACAGAGCUGAUGACGUUCGCCAAGUGUUUCCCAAGAUUCAGCUGGAUCCGAUUGAUCAGAACUAUGUGUACGUGCCAGUAAGAAACCAGAUGAAGCGUGUUCCUGUAUCAAAUUGCAGCACGUACAGAGAUGUGAAAGAGUGUUGGUCUGCACAGGAUCCGCAGUGUGUCUGGUGUGGCUCAAAAGAUAGUUGCAUGUUUGAAGACGACUGUAUAGAUUCCGACUGGUUGUCCAUUCCUGAGGAUUAUCAAGAGAAAAUGGUUUCCCACAGAGUUGCUAUGGAGCCAACUGGCCAGAUCACACUGAACGUCCAGACUCACCUGACCGCAGGCCAGACGGCACGGUCUAACUUCGCCUGUCAGUUUUCUGCGAGGUCCAGUGCGAUUCACUGCACCAGUGGCCCUGCUCCGAUGUUCCCGCAAUGCACCUGCAUCCUCCCUAAUGGCACACUUCCUGCAGAAGUCUUUGUAAAAAUUAGACUUGGGACGACGCAGUUAUCGGAACGACUGACGCUGACCGAGUGCUCUGACAUCGGGGGUCCGCCAACCUUUGUCCUGUGUCGGCAGUGUUUCGAGGCCGGAUGCGACUGGAGCAAAAACAAGUGUUCCUGGGCAAAUGGAGUCAGAAAUGACAGUGUUUGCAAAAGGAUGGUGUCAGGAAUAAAGUUUUCUAUGCCAGAGAUCUCCUCCAUCGAUCCCGGCGUUGUGUCUUUCUACGGCAGAAACCACGCGGUGUUAUACGGUCGUAACCUCAGUGACGUGACCAGAGUGAGGAUACAGGCGCACACAGAAUGCAAGCCACAAGAAUCUCCUGUUUGGGACAACACGGGCAUGAGUCUGACGUUCCACAUUCCCAGUGCGGAUAGUAAAGGCGUGGUCAAAGUCUGUGCCCUCCUCCCAGACGGUAGUUGCCAUGGCAGCAGCAACAUCACCUACCAGUCAUCCCCAUCCUGCUCCAACAUUGUACCAAACAGCACCUGGCUCAGUGGGAAGAGGAAGUUGAAAAUCAUAGGCUCUCAUCUGGACUUUGUGGAAGGUGUCACGCAGAGCCACGCCCCGCAGGAAGUCCGACUUCCUGAAAACAGGACCUAUCAGAAUCUCACCUUUGAAACAGUUGCAGCUGUAAAUGCACAGGGGGCUUUUCCCAGCACAGUUUUUCUGAAAGUAGGCAAUAAAACGUUGCCCUGCACCCCAACCAUCACCUUCUACCCAGAGCCCAAGUUUAUCAGCUUCAAAUCCAUCCUUGUCGGGGACGACUUGCGCAUCACCAUAGAGAAAAAGGCAGACAAACUGGAGAUGAUGGAAACAGAGUUGUCAGUAUGGGGCGUUGACAGAGGACAUCAUUACCCCUGCAUAUUGAAGGCCAAAGAGAGUCACAAUGAGACUGACACGUUUUCCUGUGAAAUCCAAGACUCACAGGUUGCUGAAUUUCAGCUGUUAAUGAUAAAGUAUGGGGACGAGACGGUAAAACUCCAAAAUAAACCAUCGUUUCCGUUUAUUUGGGUGCUGCUCGUUCUGCUGCCGAUAUCCUGCAUUAUCAUCAUCAUGGUGGUGAUUGUUUACCGAAGCAAACAGAAAAAGCUCACUGCUAAGAUGAACAGUGACAUGGAAAACCUGGAGCUGGACAUCAGGAACGAUAUCAGACAAGGUUUUGUGGAUCUGCAGACAGAGCAAAUUGACCUGAUGGAAAACGUUGGAGCGAUUCCUUUCCUGGACUACAACCACUUUGCCUCCAGAAUCUUUUUUCCUGAGAGAGGGACUCUGGUGAAGUUGUGCAUCAAAGACAUUGGUCAGGACACAGUGAAGGUUCAGCUUGACGAGUGUUGCCACGUCUUGUCCCAGCUGAUCCACAAUCGGCUCUUCCUCACGUCUAUGGUUCACGCCCUGGAGGAGCAGAAGAGCUUCACCAUCAAAAACAAGUGUGCGCUGGCGUCUCUGCUAACGGUAGCGCUCCACGGCGACUUGUUGUACCUGACAGAGGUGAUGGAGGUUCUGCUGAAGGAUCUGAUGCAUCAAAACAGCAACACUCAUUCCAAGCUGCUGCUACGAGGCACUGAGUCAACGGUGGAGAAACUGCUGACCAACUGGAUGUCCAUAUGCCUGUAUGGCUUCCUGCGGGAAAGUGUCGGCCAGCACUUGUUCCUGAUGGUGAGCGCUCUCACGCAGCAGAUCAAAAAAGGACCUGUGGACUGUGUGACAGAGAAGGCUCUGUACACACUCAGUGAGGACUGGCUCCUGUGGCAGGCGCAGGACUUCAGCUCCCUGAAGCUGAAGGUGCUGUUUGCUGUGGGCACUGAGGGGGAGCUCAGCGAGCCUCUGGAGGUCAACAGUCUGAGCUGCGACACAGUGGAGCAGGUCAAGGAGAAAAUCCUGUCCACCUUCAAGAGCAAGUUCGGUUUCCCAUUCAACGUUCCCCUCAGUGAUGUCCGUAUCGAGUACGAGAGGGACGGAUGUUUUGUUCCUCUCGAGGAAGUGGACGGAAGCUCUGAGGUUAUCGGGGAGGUGACGAUGCUCAACACUCUGAAGCACUACAAGGUUCCCGAUGGAGCAACGAUCAAAGUGCUUCAGAGGAAAACUCAUCCUCCUCUGAGUCCACAGGGAAGUGUGAAGGAUGAUGAGAACUUCUCUAGAAAAUACUUCCACUUGAUUGAUCCCGAUGUGGACGAGGACCAAAGGAAGGACCCAGAGAGGAAGAAGUUGAAACUGAAGGAAGUGCACCUCACCAAGCUGCUGUCCACCAAGGUGGCAGUGCAUUCGUUUGUAGAGAACCUGUUUAGGUCCAUCUGGGGGUUGACGCACGGCAGAGCUCCACACGCCAUCAAAUACUUCUUUGACUUCCUGGACGCUCAGGCGGCCGACAUGAAGAUCACGGAUCCGGACGUGUUGCACAUCUGGAAGACCAACAGCUUACCUCUGCGCUUCUGGAUCAACAUCCUGAAAAACCCGCAGUUUGUUUUCGACAUGGAGAAGACGCCACAGCUGGAGGGCUGCUUGUCCGUCAUCGCUCAGGCCUUCAUGGACUCCUUCUCCCUCACCGAGUUCCAGCUGGGGAAGCACACGCCGACCAACAAGCUCCUGUACGCCAAAGACAUUCCCAAGUUUAAACAGGAAGUGAGGGCUUACUACAAGCAGAUCAGAGAGCAGUCAGUAAUCACAGAGUCUGAGUUCAAGAGCUUCUUGCAGGAGGAGUCAAAGAAACACGACAACGAGUUCAACGAAACGGCAGCCCUCAGAGAGCUCUACCAAUUCAUCCAGAGCUACUUCACAGAGAUUAAAGACAAGUUGAACGAGAACGGCGCCCCUACUGAGCUGAUGGAGCAACUGCACCAUUUGAAAACGCAGUUUGACGGACUGAAGAGCUGCUCGUGGAGCUGAGCUGCCUGAGCCACGACAGGAAGGUGGCAGGAGCCGGUAACCGUCAUUUGUGUGUUAAGUAGUAAUUGUCAGGGUUUCUGAAUUUGUCAGUGACACGUAUCAUGUCUGUAGCUCAUUUCUGAUGAGCAUGUAUUUAACAACUGUAAAAGGUUCAUUGUGUAGGAUCUAGUGCCAUCUAGCAGUGAGGGUGGAGAUUGCUACCAACUGAAUACAUAACAUUACAUUACAUUUCAUUUAGUUGACGCUUUUAUCCAAAGCGACUUACAAUAAGUGCAUUCAACCCUGAGGGUACAAACCAAGAACAACAAGAAUCAAGAAGUUACAAUUUCUACAAAAAUAAAGCAAAACUACAAAAGGCUAUCAGUAAGUGCCAUUUAAGUGCUACUAAAUUGUUAAUUUCAAAAAUUGUUAGUUUUAAAAAAAAAAAAUGUAUUCAAGGUAUAGUCGGAAGAGGUGUGUUUUUAGUUUUCGGCAGAAGAUUUGUAAACUUUCUGAUGUCCGGAUGUCGAUGGGGAGCUCAUUCCACCAUUUAGGAGCCAGGACAGCAAACAGUCGUGAUUUUGAUGAGUGUUAAGACCGCAGUGAAGGAGCAACGAGCGGAGUGAACGUGCUGGUGUGUAAUGUUUGACCAUGUCCUGGAUGUAGACAGGACCGGAUCUGUUCACAGCAUGGUACGCAAGUACUAGUGUUUUGAAGCGGAUUCGGGCAGCCACUGGUAGCCAGUGAAGGGAGCGGAGGAGCGUGAGAGAAUUUAGGUUGGUUAAAAACCAGUGGAGCUGCUGCAUUCUGAAUGCGCUGCAGAGGUCGGAUGGCAGUAGCAGGUAGACCAGCCAGGAGGGAGUUACAGUAGUCUAGGCGUGAGAUGACCAGGGCCUGGACCAGAACCUGCACCGCCUUCUGAGUGAGAAGGGGGCGUAUUCUCCGGAUGUUGUACAGCAUGAAUCUACAGGAACGUGUUGUUGCAGUAAUGUUGGCAGAAAGGGAGAGUUGGCAGUCGAGUGUCACACCCAGGUUCCUAGCAGUCUGAGUGGGGGUCAGCACGGAGUUGUCAAAGUUAAUAGUCAGGUCAUGGGUGGGAGAGUUUGUCCCUGGAAGGAAAAGUAGUUCAGUCUUGUCAAGGUUAAUUUUCAGGUGGUGUGUGGUCAUCCACUGAGAGAUGUCAGUCAGACAGGCAGAGAUUCGUGCUGCUACCUGUGUUUCAGAUCGGGGAAAAGAGAGGAUUAGUUGAGUGUCAUCAGCAUAGCUAUGGUAGGAAAAGCCAUGCGAGUGAAUGACAGAGAAAAGAGGAGAGGACCCAGGACAGAACCUUGAGGGACCCCAGUAGUUAGAGGACAAGGUUCAGACACAGAUCCUCUCCAAGUUACCCGAUAAGUGCGGUCAUUGAGGUAGGAUGAAAGCAGGAAGAGAGCAGAGCCUGAGACACCCAGGUCCUGAAGGCAGGAAAUCAGGAUCUGGUGGUUCACUGUGUCAAAUGCAGCAGAGAGGUCUAGAAGGAUAAGGACAGAGGAGAGAGAGGCUGCUCUAGCAGUGUGAAGUUGCUCAGAGAUAGCAAGGAGGGCAGUCUCAGUUGAGUAACCUGCUUUGAAACCAGACUGGUGAGGGUCAAGAAGAUUAUUGUGGUUCAGAUAAGAGGAGAGUUGAUUAAAGAUAGCACACUCGAGAGUUUUGGAAACAAAGGGAAGAAGAGAGACAGGUCUGUAGUUAUUUACUGCAGACGGGUCGAGGGUGGGUUUCUUUAGGAGAGGAUUUACUCUUGCCUCCUUCAGAGAAUUAGGGAAACAGCCAGUAGAUAGGGAGGUGGUGAUAAGAUGGGUGAGAAAAGGAAGGUCAGGAGCGAUAGACUGGAGAAUGUGAGAGGGGAUGGGGUCAAGUCGUCGGGCGGGCAGAGGUUACCAAGGUAAGAACUUGAUUGGGAGACAGAGGGGUGAAAGAGGAGAGCGAAGGGGAUGAAGAUGAUGGAAAUUAAGAUAUAGGAGGAUCAGAGAAUGAAAAGCGUAUAUCAUCUAUCUUUUGUGUAAAGUAGUUGACAAACUCAACAAUAGCAACUUGUCACUUUAAUCAGUGAGUUUCCCCAAAACUCCUAAUUUGCCACAGACUGUUUCUGGACCAAGUCUAUUUACCUCAAAGUUAGAAAGUAAAAUAGAACUUAGUCUUUAACAGAAUUGGAGUAACAAAUCAAGCAGUUUAACUGGUUCCUUUUUAACUCUCAAUCACUUGAGUGAAACUAUAAACACUAAACAAAAUCAAUAAACAAAGAGGCUCCUAUCUCAUACAAUUCAAGGUAAGGCCAAACAGUUCAAACUAUCAAUCUAGUUAACCUAAGACGGCAGAUACUAAUAUAAUAAUAUUAAUAGUAAUCUAGCAGAGAAGCUUAUUAAAGAAUAUACUUUGCCUGAAUCCAAGUAGUCCAGUAGUAUGAUACCUCAGAAGUCAAAAUGCACACUCAAGUGUGCAUUGUGAAUAGCCUAUGCUGUGACCUAUUCAGUAACGAGGAUUCAGGUGAUUGUAUAACUAUCCAAAGAUUAUUAGGAAAAGGAUUGUCUAUUUAAGUUUAAUGGCCAUAGAUCGCCCUAAAUCCUCUACAAUGAAUCUUUAAUUGUUGCGAUACGAAGUUCAAUACACAAAGUCGAAAGUGUUAAAUCAUUGUCUUUUAUCAAUAUCAUUCAUGUAAAGCAGGGUGGACGUGACAUCCAGUCGGUAUAAACAUUGUGUAAUUCACAGCCUGGAGUCUGUUAAACUUUUGUAUCAACUCUGUGACUCGAGAGAAAAAGUAUAAAAACAUCAUCAAAUCCUGAGGUGGAUUGAAAAAGGUGCCGUGGCAUAUCACCAUCACAGCAGGGAGACGUGUAAAUGCAUCAAUAAACGUUCAAAGUAUUUGGUAAAAAA